AUGCCACGGAAAGCAAUCGAUUCCAGGAUCACCUCCUUGAUUCGAAAUGGCAUACAAGAGAAGAAAAGAAGCUUCUUCGUAGUCGUUGGUGACCGUGCGAAAGAUGUUAUCGUCCAUCUCCAUCAUAUAAUGUCAAGCGUCGACGUCAAACAGAAUAAGUCGGUGCUAUGGGCUUACAAGAAGGAUCUGCUUGGGUUUACUAGCCACCGGAAGAAGCGCGAGGCAAAGAUCAAGAAAGAAAUCAAAAGAGGAAUUCGAGAUCCAAACACUGAGGACCCUUUCGAGUUGUUUGUAACCCUUCAGCAAAUUCGCUAUGUGUACUACAAGGAAACAGACAAAAUUUUGGGAAACACAUAUGGAAUGUGUGUACUGCAGGACUUUGAAGCGCUUACACCAAACCUACUGGCGAAGACUAUUGAAACCGUUGAAGGUGGGGGACUUGUCAUACUGCUGUUGAAGGGAAUGAAGAGCUUAAAACAGCUGUACACUCUAUCAAUGGAUGUCCAUUCCAGAUACCGGACGGAGGCCCACGGUGACGUGGUGGCACGUUUUAAUGAGCGCUUUAUCCUUUCACUUGGCAGCUGCAAAUCUUGCUUGGUAAUAGAUGAUGAGCUUAAUGUUCUACCAAUUUCUGGUGGCAAAUACGUUGAGCCGUUACCCCCAGCUGAGCCUGGCAAUGAGUCCACUGACUCGACAAAAAAGGAACUAAAGGAGAUUAAGGAUAAGUUGGCAGAUACACAACCUAUUGGGUCGUUGGUUACUCUAGCGAAGACGGUAGACCAGGCGAAAGCUCUUCUCACAUUUGUUGACGCCAUAGCAGAAAAGACUCUGCGGAGCACUGUCGCCCUGACUGCUGCUCGUGGCCGCGGAAAAUCUGCUGCACUUGGUGUUGCCAUUGCCGCGGCCAUCGCAUAUGGUUAUAGCAAUAUAUUCAUUACCUCUCCUAGCCCGGAGAAUUUGAAAACUUUGUUUGAAUUUGUCUUCAAGGGUUUUGAUGCACUGGGAUAUAUGGAUCAUGUCGAUUAUACAAUCCUGCAAUCUACGAACCCGGAUUUCAACAAAGCCAUCGUGCGGGUUAAUGUCCACCGGCAACACAGACAAACAAUCCAAUAUAUCCAGCCCCAAGAUGCUUAUGCACUGGGACAAGCGGAACUUUUGGUAAUUGAUGAGGCAGCUGCCAUCCCUUUACCCAUGGUGCGAAAGUUAAUGGGUCCGUAUUUGGUAUUUAUGGCCUCCACCAUCAACGGAUAUGAAGGCACAGGCAGAUCCCUAUCUUUGAAAUUAAUCCAACAGCUUCGAGAGCAAUCGAGAGGCGGUGCUAAGAGUGCAGAUGAUACCGACAUCGUUGACAGGGCGGCGGGAAAGUCUGCAAAACAUGGAGAAAAUUUUUUCUCGGGAGGCCGGUCACUGCGGGAAAUUACUCUUUCGGAACCGAUCCGAUAUGCCCCUGGGGAUUUCGUAGAAAAGUGGUUGAAUAAACUCCUCUGCCUUGAUGCUACCCUCCCUAAGUCCAAAGUGAAUACUCAAGGAUGCCCUCACCCAUCUCAGUGCGAGCUUCUUCACGUUAACCGUGAUGUUUUGUUCUCGUUCCAUCCGCUUCCCGAAAAGCUUUUGCAGCAGAUGAUGGCCCUGUACGUCGCGAGCCAUUAUAAAAAUUCGCCAAAUGACCUUCAACUCAUGAGCGACGCGCCAGCGCAUCAGCUAUUCGUUCUGGUACCGCCAACUGAUCCUAACAAAGUUCCAGAGCCACUUUGUGUCAUCCAGGUGGCUUUGGAAGGUCGGAUAAGCAAGGAGAGCGUUUUGCAUGGUCUUAGCCGUGGACAACGCGCUGGGGGAGACUUAAUACCCUGGCUUGUCAGUCAGCAGUUUCAAGACGAGGAGUUUGCGGGACUUUCAGGAGCGAGAAUUGUGCGAAUAGCCACGAAUCCAGAUUAUCUGGGCAUGGGAUACGGCUCGCGUGCCCUCGAGCUCCUUACCGAUUUCUUCGAAGGCAAGUUUGCGAACCUGUCGGAGGAAGAUAAUUAUCCAUCCGACGAAUUGGUUAGAGUAACAGACGAAGAACUGGCAAAUUCAAGCCUCCUGGAUGAUAAUAUUCGUAUUCGAGAUAUACAUUCUAUGCCACCUCUCUUUGCGAGGCUUAAUGAACGGCGUCCCGAUGCUCUCGACUAUCUCGGUGUUAGCUAUGGUCUCACCCCCCCGCUUCUAAAGUUUUGGAAACGAUCCCGCUUUAUUCCAGUGUAUCUGCGACAAACCCCCAACGAACUGACUGGUGAGCAUUCUUGUGUCAUGCUCCGCACUCUAGCAACAGGGAGUAACGACACAAGCUGGCUUGGAGCUUAUGCACGGGACUUCCACAAACGUUUCCUUUCCCUAUUAUCAUACCAAUUCCGCGAUUUCCCAUCCAUAUUAUCACUCAGCAUCAGUGAAUCUGCCAACGCUGUUUCAAAGUCCGACCCAUCCUUCAAACCCUCCACUCUAACAAAAGCAGACUUGGACAAAGCGUUUUCCCCCUUUGAUCUAAAGCGCCUGGAUAGCUACGCAAAUAAUCUCCUCGAUUACCAUGUUAUCCUCGACAUGGUGCCCACGAUCGCAGGCUUCUAUUUCUCCGGAUGCCUUGGCGUGAAUCUAUCCGGAAUACAACAGUCGAUUCUGCUAGCUAUUGGUUUGCAGCGAAAAUCCUUUGACGAUGCCGAGAAGGAACUUACACUAGCCGCUUCACAGCUGAUGGCCAUGUUUAUCAAGAUUGCACGAAAAGUCUCUGCCCAUUUUAGGACUCUCGUUGAAUGUGCUGUGGUUGAGACAUUACCCGUUGCAAAGGUUGGCGUUUCUCCUAAUGAUGCCACUGGAGUGCACGAUGAUGAGGUUAUCGAUGAUCGAUUCCGACCGUUGGAUGUCGGGCUUGAAGAGGAGCUAAGGGAAGGUGGACAAGAGGUCAACAGGGAACUGAAGGAAAAGCAACGGGCCCUCAUCGACGCAUUACCACUCGACCAGUACGAAAUUGCAAACGGAGCCGCCGCCUGGGAAGACGCAGAGAAGCAAGUACGCUCCUCGUUCAGCAAAAACGGUAAUGUCCCCACAGUGAGCGUCAAGUCAUCGAAGCCCGUGAAGCGCAAGGCUGGUGAGUCGGCUAGAGAGAUUUACGAUCGGGAAAUCGAAAAUAGAAGGGAGAAGAAGAUCAAGAAGGGCACGGAGGGUAGGAAGAAGUGA